AUGGGUCGUUGGAAGAGCGGACUGUUCAGCUGCUGCGAUGAUUUAUAUGUUUGUUGCUGUACUAUCUUCCUGCCUUGCUACGUAGCCGGGAAGAUAGCCGACAAGGUGGACAAAAGUUGCCUGAUCUGCUGCGUCUGCCACCUCUGUGAACCCCUCAACAUCAUCGCCUCAACCAUCCUGAGAGAGAAGGUCAGAGAUCAGGAGGACAUCGGCGGCAGCAUUAUAACUGACUGUCUGGCUUCCGCAUUCUGUCCAUGUUGUGUUCUCGCUCAAGCAGCUAAGCGCGCCGGUCCUAAAGUCGAGAGCGAUGUACCGAAAUUUCACGAAAAUGUAUUCACGUGA